AUGGAAAAUCGUGCGAAAGAGACGAAAAAUUGUCUCAGUGUGGUUCUUGUCUAUGCUAUUUAUUACCCGGCCCUAAUCACACCAACAAAAAAGAAACAACGGGCCACACUGGCAAAGCCGGCUCAAAAUGUACUAAAAUUCCCAUACGGCAUUGACAUUCUUUUAAAAUACGUGUCCAAAUUUGAGCUGAAAAUGGCAACGAAUAUUGUUAUUUUCCUGGCUUUAGGAGCCCUCCUGUCCAUAUCCAAAGUGCAGGCGGAGAUUGUCAAUCUAAAUGUGGAAAGAAGCCUGGACCUAACCUCCCAGCUCGUGCGGGCCACCACCAAAAUUUCGGCCGAAGACACAGCCGGCAAGCCGAUUUCCGAGUACGUGUUUUUCGUUGGCGAGCCAAGUCUCGCCUACAUUUCGGUGAAAGAUAAUGCCGACAAGAAUGUCCAGAUCCGCAAAAACGAGCUGGUUAAGGGCGAGGAAAGCUACACCCUCACCUUCCCGAAGGCCGCCUCCAAGCAAACCUUUGUGGUGGAGACCGUCUCCUCAAAGAAUAUUCUGCCGCACCCCUUGGAAAUCAGACAGAACGACAAACAGUUCGUGAAGUACAUUGGACAUCUGCAUUUCUACUCAAAAUACAAGACCAACUCGCAGAAGACCAGUGCCAAGCUCAGCUCCUCUAACAUACUGUCUCACACCCAAGUUAAGCCUUUUUCGGUGGCCUCCAGCAAAAUCACCUUCGGUCCCUACGAAAAUGUAGAAGCUUUCAGCCUGGAACCUCUUUCAAUCCAUUAUGAGAACUCCGCCCCCUUUGUGACUGUCAAUACUCUGGAGCGAACAUUGGAGAUUUCCCACUGGGGCAACAUUGCUGUCAAAGAAUCCAUCCAAAUGACCCACACCGGCGCCAAACUGAAGGGAUCGUUCUCGAGGUACGAUUUCCAGAAGGAGGGUCGCUCCGGACAGUCUGCCCUGAAAUCGUACAAAACCUAUUUGCCAGCAUCUGCUUCUGGUGUCUACUACCGGGAUACAAACGGCAACAUCUCUACCUCAAACAUGAAUUCGGGACGCGACUUCAUUGAGCUUGAGCUGCGCCCGCGAUUCCCCCUGUUCGGCGGCUGGAAAACGCAGUACACUCUCGGCUAUAAUGUCCCAUCCUACGAGUACAUGUUCAGCGAUGGCACCAAAUACCAGCUAAAGAUGCAUUUAAUCGACCACAUUUACGAUAACAUGGCGAUCGAUGAGGCGACCAUAAAGAUUAUUUUGCCCGAGGGCUCUAGCGAUAUCAAACUGUCGACGCCCUAUACCAUAAGCAGGCUGCCAAACGAGCUGGUGCACACUUAUCUGGACACCACAGGCCGUCCCGUGAUUUCAUUCUCCAAAUCCAAUUUGGUCGAAAGUCACAUUUCCGAUUUCACGCUCUACUACAGCUUCUCGAAAAUUUCCCUGCUGCAAGAGCCUCUUCUGGUUAGCGGCUUCAUUUACAUUAUUUUUGUAUUCACUAUUGUGUUCUUACGAUUGGACUUUUCAAUCACCUCCCACUCGCAUAAGGAAUAAGUACAUUAUAAUGUUUUGUCAUAUACAUAGAUAUUCUCAUGUGAAAAUAAUUUCGAUAAUACAAGUUUCAAAACUAUUUCCAAAACCAGAAAAUAAUAAUAAAGAUGCUGCACUUGAUUGCAAAUAAUAAAUUA